GACCCGCUCCAUGUAGAAAAAACAACAACAACAUCGAUUUUUCUUUAACAAAAAUUUAUUUGUAGAGUCUUCAUCUCAUGCGAAUAUGCAAAAACCUAUUAAAAGUUCUGUUCCUUUGGUUAUGUGUACAACUUUUUAAAUUAGCAAAACAUGGUGAGUGCCGCUUUAAUUAGAAAGCCGCUACACCUCGGUGUGUGCGGAGCGAUGAGGUGAAUGAGAAAACUGCUCCCAUCACACCAGAGACACACAGCAGCUCCGCCAGCAGAGAGUCGUGUGCGCCGCAUCCACAGACGCUCAUUUCUUCCCAUCAGCUGGAGAUGAAGGAGAAGCGCAUUGAACCCAGUCCUUCCUCUGACUGCUCACGACGCGCUCGCACCUGCUACUGCACACAUAUCGCCGAGGGCAGUUGGCUAAAUGAUGGAUUUCAUUACCUUACUCGUUUUGGCUGAAGAUGAAGAUGUCUUGAGCUUUAGUAAUCGACUCUAGGAUGUCUGAAGCAGCCUUUGGAUUCUAACUACCGCAUAUCAAAACAUCACAAAUAUCCCCCGAACAAUUACGAGAAACAAAAGGAAUAUGAAUUUCACCGCAGGCUUGCUGAAAAAAGAGCUUCUGCUCUCAAACACCUUGCUGUCAUUGAACGCCUCUUUCCACGGUGCCGAGGACUUCGGGAAUGAUGUUUUCCUCCACCAGAGUGGAGAGCUGGAGCGACUGCUGCUGCUGACAAUCAAAGAGCCCACCACUAUCGCUCUCACCGUGAUGUAUUCAUUAUCAUUUGUGGUGGGCUUCAUUGGAAAUCUCAUGGCCAUUCGAAUGCUCACCUGCCAGAAGAAUAAGAGGAUGCAGAGCAUCAGUGCCACCCGGAGUUUACUCAUCAACUUGGCAGUGUGUGAUCUGAUGGUGGUUUGCAUCUGCAUGCCCAUCACGCUCGGCCACACCAUUUACACCGCAUGGGUGUAUGGAGACCUCCUGUGUCGGGCCGUCCCCUUCAUCCAGGCCGUCUCUGUGUCGGCAAGUGUCCUCAGCCUGACCGUCAUCAGCAUCAACCGAUACUACAGCGUUCACAGCCCGCUCAAUUCCCUCUCGUACUUCACCCAGAAGAAGAUCUGCAUCACCAUCGUUUGCGUUUGGAUCCUGUCCUCGGCCAUUUGCGCACCUUUACUCUUCAUGAUCAAGCUGGACGAGAUCCACUUAAUCGACAUUGCCGUGCCAAUCUGCAGAGAGCUUUGGCCGCAGGCGAGACUCAAGCAGGUCUACAACGUGCUCCUCUUCGUGGCACUCUACUGCAUCCCCGUGACCUUCAACCUCAUCAUCAGCUUUUUGACAGGAAGGAAGCUCUGGAAGGCUUCUCAUAAUUUCGACGAUUUCGAUCCACACAGCCAGGCCAUGCAUGCUUCACAUCUGAAGAUGCGCAAGAACAUCGCCAAGGUGGUGGUCACUUUGGUCCUCUUAUUCGCCAUCUCCUGGCUCCCGCUUUACGUUGCAGACAUCCUGAUUGACCGCGAGAUUCAUCCACCUCAUUGGGUUCUGCAGAGUCGUCCUUUCGCGCAGUGGCUGGGCCUCACUAACUCCAGCCUCAAUCCCAUCUGCUAUUGUUUCUUGGGCGAUUUGUACCGCUCUGCCAGAGCAGUCAGGUCCAGGUACCAUCAGAGAAUGCUUUCCGUCCUUCGAUCUUCCAGUUCUUUUAAACUGUCCAGUUUAAUUUCUCUCGAAAAGCAAAAAUCUGGCCGACGACAGGGUGCCGUGAGCCAGGUGUCGGUGGACACUCUUUCUGAUUGGUGUUCCAACAACAGCCAAAUGGUGUCUCUCCAAAGCCUCUCAGAGAAGAUGGUGUCUACAAGCAAUCCUGAGUUAUCGAACUUGUAGUCAGGGUGCAUAGUACCUAAAAGGAUGCAGGGCACUCACCCAAACACAGCGUUUGUGUUCUACAGAAGAAAGAGAGUCAUAGAGGUUUUAUGAAACGAUCUCUUUUUUAUAAUGAUCUCUGAUAAUUUGCUUUGUAGUAUUGUCAAAAUGCAUGUGAUUCUGAUGAUUUGAUGCAACAUCAGCAUAGUUUGUGUUCAUAACUAACUUUCCACAGUUAAAUUGUAUCGUCGGAUAUAUUGUACAUGAAUAAAAGUUGCUUGAUGCAAAGUGGGACUUCCUGUAAAUAAAGGACAGUUUUGUAUAGACAUCACUGACACAGAUUGUGCAUAAAUGCUCAAUUAAGGCCUGUUCACAUCAAGACCAAUGUUUGCAUGCGAAAAUUCAGUGCGAUAAAUAUUUGAAUUUGAAUGAACAGCUGUUCAUACCAAAAUGAACAUUUGUAUGCCGUUGAUGCGAUGGAAUUUUUUAUUGGGAGAUGUUAUAAUCUCUUUUCAGUUGGACAGCGAAGAAAACCGGUCAACCAAUGAGAUUCACACUUUUGGUCACAUGCCCAAAGCCACGGCUGUUAUAUGAAAUUACUACUUUUGUCUCUGUACUCUUGUAUUUGGUGUUGUUUGAAAAACACCAUAGUGAAUACAAAAGUCUGAACAGUUUGAAAAUGUGUACUUUUGACUUCGAUUCUUCUUUGUUUGUCGGAAAUGGAAAGUUGAGCAGCGCUGCUUUGUGUACUGAAGAAGCCAAGGUUCAUCUACUGAAUUUGCCUGGCUGCUGUAUUUUUUAUUAUUUUUUUUUACUCAUUGGUCUGAAUAGACAAAUCGCAUGUAAAAAUAGGACCAAAUUUUCUUAUAGAACAGUUGUGUUGUUGUGGACUGUGAGUUGUUUCAGGCUGCCACCAGAAAGCAAGAGUAGUUUAUUUUAAAUCUGGGGUUUUCAAACUGGGGGCCCCACAAAGGCUCCACAGAAAAAAGAUUUUACAAAAUAUGUAAUUUAAUUCUAAUAAUUUAAUUUUAUAAUAUUAAUUAAACAUUUUUAAGACAAUGAUCUUAAACACAUUUACUGAAUUGCAAAUUUUCUUACUUUCAUUCUGCUUUCUAAUUUUAUUUUUCUAUUGACAGCCAAGUUUAAGUGAAAACAAAUUUGCAAGUUUUGUAAAAAUAUGUAUUUAUUUCUAAGUAGCCAUCUCUCUUUCCUUAUGAUUUGCAUAUACUAGUUUAUAUUUGUAUCUUUUUAAAGAGGUUUUUGCCAC